AUGCAAAAGUUAUCAAUAUCAGCAAACCAAAGCUGCAAUAACAGUGUGCUGUCAAGUAGCAAAACACCGACUAGAAAUGAAAAUAAAAAGGGAAAGAAAACUCCAUCUAAAAAUAAAUCUCCAGGUCGGUCAACAACACCAACUCCAAACAAAGCCUCCAAGACUCCUAACAAAGCUGAUAGAUUCAUACCUUCAAGGAGCAAUUCAAAUUAUGACUUGUGUCAUUAUAUGAUGAGCCGCGAUGAAGAAAAGGGUGAGGAAGUUGUUGCUCAAACGGCGGCUGGCGAGGCUAUUGGGAGAGCUUUAACUGAUACAGAGCCAGGGCGGCUUUUACAGUACACAUGCAAAGCACCAGCUGCGCCUGAAGGCUAUCAAAACAGAUUAAAAGUUGUAUACUCACAAGCCAAAGUUCCUUCAUCAGUGAAAAACACCACUCGGUACAUUCCGCAAGCCCCUGAUAGAAUACUGGAUGCUCCUGAUAUUUUAGAUGACUAUUACCUCAACUUAGUUGACUGGAGUGCAUCUAACAUCCUGGCAGUGGCUUUAGGAAAUUCUGUGUAUCUUUGGAAUGCUGGUACUGGACAAAUAGAACAACUCUUAACUCUUGAAGGGUCUGAGACGGUUUGUUCUGUUGCAUGGGUACAAGGUGGUAGCACACAUUUAGCUGUUGGAACUUCUACAGCCACUGUUGAACUUUGGGACUGUGAAAAAAUAAAAAGGUUAAGAGCCAUGGAUGGUCACACAGGACGAGUUGGGUCUUUAGCGUGGAACAUGUAUAUAGUGUCAAGUGGUGCUCGUGACGGUAAUAUAGUGCAUCACGACGUGAGACAGCGAGAUCACGCCCUUGCAACAAUUAGUGCGCACACACAAGAGAUUUGCGGUCUAAAAUGGUCCCCGGAUGGCAAAUAUCUGGCAUCAGGAGGCAAUGACAAUCUCCUUAACAUCUGGCCAAUUGCCCAAGGGCAACAUUACACACAGCCCCAGUAUCUCUACUCAUUCAACCAACAUUUAGCGGCAGUGAAAGGACUGGCAUGGUGUCCGUGGAGUGCAGGUAUCCUGGCAUCUGGAGGUGGUACAGCUGAUAGAACUAUUCGCAUUUGGAAUGUCAACACUGGCGCUAAUCUAAAUACUGUUGACACCAAAUCACAGGUGUGCUCGAUCGUAUGGAGCACACACUACAAGGAGCUGAUCUCCGGCCACGGGUAUGCGAACAACCAGCUGGUGAUUUGGAAGUAUCCCCUGAUGUCCCGCGUGGCGGAGCUGAGCGGGCACAUGGCGCGCGUUUUGCACCUCGCCUUAUCUCCGGACGGCACCACAGUACUGUCCGCCGGCGCUGAUGAGACACUUAGG